CUUCUCUUGGUCUGGGUCCCAGUUUUCCCUGUACGACGAGCAGCGGAACGCAGACGGAAGAAGAGGCCUCCUGGCCUACUGCUUCUUCUGUUACAACCUCCGUGCAGACCCUCAUUAACCGCUUCAAUGAGGUGAGCUCAUGGGUAACCCACGCAAUAACCAGUGGCGCGACUAUCGAGGAGCGACAAGCCAUCCUCUCCUGCCUUUUACGAGUGGCCCAAACUUGUUGGAAUACUGGAAACUUUAAUUCAGCUAUGGAAAUCGUUGCUGGUCUCAAAUCUAACAAGUUGAAGCCAUUUUGGCAGAGCGUGAACGAGCCUCUUCCGGUUCUAGAAUAUCUAUCUUCCGCACUACUGUCUUCCGAGUAUGAACACGCUUUGGCACGAGCUCUGGCAAUGUCAGAAUGCCCAGUGGUACCAUUCUUUGGGGCCUUCCUGCGGGAACUGCGGGAAGUUUCCUCUUUCGUCUGCUCGAAGCUUUCGCCGGAGCGCAAGGAAAAAGAGACUUUGCGUGAUAGCAGUAAGGAGGGCGAGACCCUCGAAAACGUGCCUUUUCCCUCGCCUGGUGCGAGGGUCAGUAUAGAGAGUGAGGUGGAGACAACAACGGGUUGGAGCUCCACAAGUAGUAGCGGUUCCUUGAAAAAGCCAGGAAACUCGGAAAACGAGAAUCGCAAGAGGCCCGGAAACGUCAAGAAUACAAGUUCUGUUCUUGACAAAAUUGCCCUCUUUCAUCAGCAUCAUCAUGCACGUGGUAGAGACGCCAUCACGUGUUCCCUUCAUCGUACAUUAAGUAUACAUACAACUGCCCUGGAACAAACUUACAUGUCUGAGGAGUGUGAUGAGAAUGAUUAUCAUCUUGACCUUGAUUCAUAUAAGCCGGUUCAACCCCUUCAUAUUGACCAUGGGGUCACUCUUUUUCCAGUAGCUGCAAAACACGUGGGAACUGAUCUUCAUCUUUUACAGACGUUACACCAUGGAACGACCCUUGUGCACUGGGACUGUGAUAGCGGAGCAUCGCGAACAGCAUUGGUCUAUGCUCGUGUUGAUCGUGCGUGUGGCACUUUCGUUUGGGAAAAGCCAUCUUGGAGUUCGUUAAAAACAUCAACGACAUUGGGAACGGGAGCACAGGAUUUUUGUCUGACAAUCAAUGUUGAGGAAACAAUAACACCAGGAUUGGUGAAUAGAUAUUCGGCGCAGCAAACGGAUUGUGCAUUCGUUACACUUGAGGAGGGUUAUCUUGACCUGGCCUGUGUAAAGGAGGUCAUGAUUGGAUGCUGCGAUCGAGAUCGAGAUCAGGAAUUGAGAGGCAUUUGCAAAAGAUACGGCCUUCCUGGAUCUGAUUCUUGCAUUGGUUUGAUGUACGGGUCAAGUCUAUCGGAUAAUCGGCUUAUCUUUCUCCUCUGCCCGCCAGCGCUCAGCAAAACAUGGUACAUGGGUUUGUGUUGGAUUCUACGGGGCUUAAAGAGACAACAACAAUUAACAGAUCGAAGAUCACGUUGGCUUAAGGAGAAGUACCUUCAACUUUACUUUGAAGAGGGUUGCUCGGAACCAAUGACAGCUGAUGCAAUUCGCAUUUUUGGUGGUCGCGACUGGUCUGUGACUGAGAGUAUAGGAAGUUUAUCGCCAACCAGCAGUAGUACACUUAAAAGGCGUAAUGAAAAAAGAAAGAAGACAAAGUCUAUCGGAAACAUCCAUGCACUGUCGAAGGAUCUGAGCUUUAGGCAUUAUGAUUCCUCAGCUGAUGGAGGAUUAUCCAUGGCCCCAUUGCAUUAUAUAACAGGAAGCAGAGAAUCUUUAACUAAAGUUGUACCAGCUUCACCACGAACUGGCAGAGAUAGAAUUCCAUCACGAAGUCCCCCUGGAUCCGCCGAGCGUAUUGUCACCUCAAAUUUGCCUUAUUCCAGUUUACAGAGGGAUAAAGAUAAGAACGGUUCCAGUGGAUUAGGUGGUGGAAGUUCAGAAUCACCAUGGCAGGUGAAGGCAAAAGCCACAUCCAUCAUGUAUGAAACACAAUUGAACUUUGUCGAAUUCGUUGCUCUGUUUCGUUCAUUCAGUUUACGUGCAAGAAAAGAUCUUCGCGAUCUUUUUGGUCAAUUGGCAAUCACAUGUCGAAGUCAGAGCGACGGUUCAAUAAGGGACGUCAAUAACAUUCGUUCUUCCGUUCUACGUCAGACGAGUGACGCAACACCACAACGAAUCGGUCUAUUAACGAGGAACAACUCCAUUGACUGCCAUGAGUACAAAUCACACAGUAAUCUACACAAAAAACAGAUACUUGACGCUGUUGCAGCCGCUAGUAUUGUUAAUAAUUGUUCCGGAGUCGAUACAUCUAAAUCACAAGUGAUAACAUUAGCGACAUUCACGAAAUUUUUAGAAUCUAGACAACAAGAGAAACUCACUGAUGAGGAUAUUAAAAAUCUCAUCAAGAGGCAUGAACCAGAUCCGGUCCUCCGCACACAAUGGUGUUUGUCUUUUGAAGGUUUCGCACGGUACAUGAUGGACAAAGACAAUUACGCCUUUCCCAACGAGUAUGCGACGCCAUCAGAAACUGAAAUGCAACAACCACUUUCUCAGUAUUAUAUAGCGAGUUCGCACAACACUUAUUUAACAGGGCAUCAACUUAAGGGCGAAUCUUCCGUACAAUUAUAUUCACAGGUUCUUCAGACUGGAUGUCGGUGCGUGGAAUUGGACUGCUGGGAUGGAGACGACGGUUCUCCACUCAUUUAUCAUGGUCAUACCUUCACUACAAAAAUUCCUUUUCGCUCAGUAGUGGAAGCGAUAGAUAGGAGUGCCUUUGUUAGCUCACCCUACCCUGUAAUUCUCUCCAUUGAAAAUCACUGCUCUCAAAGCCAGCAAGCUCGGAUGGCUCAAGUAUUUCAACAAGUAUUCGGGGAAAAGCUAGUAAAUAAAUUUCUAUACGAAUCGGAUUUUGGAGAGGAUCCACAAUUACCAUCACCCUCGCAGCUUCGUUAUCGUAUUCUUAUAAAGAAUAAAAAAAUGGUCGUCGACCCUUCAGGAUCAUUAGUUCAUGCACCAUUAGGUCACAGAGGCAAAAUGCUCAUGUCUGAUCGUGCCUCAUCUAUGAAGCAAAUGAAAACCGACAUGAGCAGCACUUCAGUAACAGUCGAAUAUUAUAGUGAAGACGAAGAUGACGAGGAGGAGGAUGAAGAAGAUGAUAAUGUUGAUGAUAACUCCAUCUCCAGCUAUGAGAAGUACUUGGGAGGACAAUUGCCUCAUGGGAGAAUAAAAUCAGACCUAGCUGAGGACAAAUCCCAAAGGCAAAGUAGUCAAAUAGCAAAGGAACUCUCGGAUCUAGUGGUUUAUUUGCAGGCAAUAAAAUUUCGUGGCCUGAACACAACGGCUGGCUCUGGUUCAAUGGGUAAAAUUCGUCAUCCAGCUCAUACGGGACCCGUUCAAAGACACAGUAUCGCUGGAAUUGGAACCGCCGGCGUUGCACCAUCAUCUGGCUCACCACAAUCACUAUCAACCUCGGCCUCAAUAGCCAGCGGUGGAAGUAAUAUUGACAAUAUUUUCCGCAUAACAAGAGGCAUUCCAGCAUGCUUUCAAACCUCAUCAUUAAAUGAGAGUGCUGCAAAGAAAAUUUGUCGUAAACAACCAUUGGGUGUUGUUGCACACGCCGAAACACAACUUAUUCGCACCUAUCCAGCCGGUAUGCGAAUUGAUUCAUCAAAUUUCAAUCCAGUUAUAUUUUGGGCAUUUGGAAUUCAAAUGGUUGCAUUAAAUUAUCAAACCGAUGAUGCCGCAUUACAUUUGAAUGCUGCAAUGUAUGAGCAAAAUGGACAAUGUGGUUAUGUGAGGAAACCAUCGGUGAUGUGGGAUAAAGAACAUAUGAUGUACAGACGUUUCAAUCCCUGGGACAAGGAAUUCGAUGGACUGCACUCGGUACAUUUGACCCUCUCGAUUAUAUCCGGUCAAUACGUUUCUCCAGCGAAUCUUGUAACUAGUACCUAUGUAGAAAUCGAAUUAGUUGGCAUUCAAAUAGACUGCGCAAAACACAAGACCAAAGUUAUUCAAACAAAUGCGCUUAAUCCAAUUUGGAACGAGAAAUUUUGUUUUCAAGUAAUGUUCCGUGAUCUCGCAUUCUUAAGAUUUGGAAUUGUCGAAGCGAGUUCACAUCAUUUAAUUGCCCAACGUGUUUUGCCACUCAAGUGUCUUCGACCCGGUUAUAGACACGUGAGACUUCGUUCAAUGAAAAAUAAACCCCUAGCUCUAUCGACACUUUUUAUUUACUCCCGAAUGGAAGAGGAGAGUUUGGAUUACAAUACAUGUUGUCGGGAUCAUAAGGAAUCGUCAAAGCGUCCUUUAUCGGGUAAGGAACCAGAAAAAUUGAAUACAAUUGAUCCGGGGCUUAGUGGUGUUACACUGAAACGAAGAAUGUUUUUCCUGAUGGUGUAUCACGUUGUUCCUGAAGAACCUUACACUAUUCUUAAGGUCACCCAGGAGAGUUCAACGCAGGAGGUUAUGUUGCAAGCUUUGCAGAAGGCGGGAAUAUCGGCUGAGCAUGUAGAUGAGUAUAUUCUCGUUGAGGAGGUGUCUAGAGGUUGGGAGAAGAGGGAAAGGGAGGAGUUACCAACACAGAGGGUUUUGGAUCCUAAUGAACAUCCGUUGCAAGCUCAGGCUUUGUGGAAGGGUCAGGGUCGUUUUCUUUUGAAGAGAGUUGGGAAUGAUCCAAGCAGUAGGGCGUGGCUGGCUUCAAUUAGGAGUACGGCAGGUCAUUUGAAACUGACCGACGAUAUGACGAGGGAUAAAUCAUCGACGCAUAUUUGGGAUGAGGAAGACACAUUUUUGGUUUGUGUUUACAACGUAUCGCCUGAGAUUCCCUAUGCUAUUUUACGGGUACCAGUGAGCAGUUCGGCGCAAGAUGUUUUGGCGCAGGCUUUGGUGAAGGCUAGAAGAAUGGAGGAUCCAACGAGAUUUGCGCUGGUGGAGGAACUCGAGUGGGGCGGUGCUGGAGCAGUGGGAAGCGGUAAUCGACAAUUACGAUUGUUGAGGGACGACGAGAACGUGUACACCACGCAGGCCUUUUGGAAGACAUUGGGAAGAUUUGUUCUACGCGAAAGAGAGCAGGCCAUUCCGAGGAGACAUCUUUUGCCAGCAACCCUGGACAGACUGAGCAAGGGCUUCUCCGUUGGGAGAUCGGUCUCAUUACCUGGCUCCAGUAAGGAGAAAGUCCCUGUCGCCGAAGCAUUGUCCGAUCCGACCUCUCGAGGUUUAAGACAUCGACUAUUGUUGUCAGGUCGAAGGAGAGAGGUGCAUUCUGAUGGAGAGGAUGCGAGAGAGUCCGACCUUUUGAACGCAGCCCUCAACUUGAAGAAGGUCUCGCUGAGGAAGUUUCGUAUGUGGAAGUCAUAGUGGCAGUCGCGGGCGACGUCACUCUCUUCGGUCUUCGCCCCUCGGAAAAGCAAUUAGGUAUUAGGGCGCAUUACUUACCCCAUUAGUUGGUAUUAGGACUGCAAGGCAGAAUAAAAAAAAUUAGAUAAACCAAUUAGUUGUAAAAGGAAUUAAUUACAUUAGUAUUUAUCGUUAAAACAUUUUAAAACGAUAUCAGCAUGUCGAGGUUCAGUUUGAAGUCUGGAAAUAAUAAUUUAUUCGGUCGCACUCGGAAUAUAACCUGUGCAGUAUUUAUUUUAAGUUUCUAAUUGGACUUUUGACCAGGCUGAUGAAUAGUCGAAUUAGAUAUUUAGAUAUCACUAGGAAUUAUGUACUUUUUUCGGAAAUUACAAUAUCCGGAAUUUUUUUUUUCCUGAAUAGGUUUCAUUUCAUCCUUUUAUAACCAUAGGCACAAAAUAUUUUCUUCUAUGAAAAGAAAAACAUUUCAUUCCUCUCCGGCUGGUGAGAAAUAUGUCUCAGCGCCGUUAGGUAUCGUUGACUUGUACUACUUGAAAUUACCGACGCGCAAACUGAGAAAGUAGUUCGAAUCAACACCACCGAGAGGCACUCGAUGGAGUAUAAAAACCGCAAGUUCAGAGUCAUACGAGUCAGUGAGCAUCUGCUCCUCACCCUGAUAAUAACCUCAAUUUUCAAGAUUUAAUUUUUCAUUUCUCAAUUAAAAUUCUACAAUAUUUGGAAUAUACAGAAAAUAUUAUGUGCUUUAAUACCUACAUCAUCCAAUCAUUUUUAUCUAAUAAAAAAAAACAUUUGUAAAUAAUUUCAUCACAAAAAUGUUAAUAUUAAAAUUUGUCUCACAUUA